AUGCGUUGUCUGAUCGUGACGAUGGAUGCGAGCGUGAUCAUCGGGAAGGGUGGGAGACAUAUUGCCGAGAUCAGGAGCCAAGCCAAUGCCCGCGUCAACAUUUCCGAAUCCAUCCCUGGAAACCCCGAGCGGAUCCUCAGCGUUCAAGGCGCUCUAGAUGCGGUUGCCAAGGCCUUUGGACUGAUCGUCAGGCGGAUCAACGAUGAAAACUUUGGAGAGCCGAGUAUGCCGGGAAGUCGGCCGGUCACGAUCAAGUUUAUGAUCCCGAACAGCAGGAUGGGCAGCGUGAUCGGAAAGGGAGGUAGCAAGAUCAAGGAGAUUCAGGAGGCCAGUGGAGCGAGGUUGAACGCUAGCGAGCAGAUGUUGCCAGGGAGCACCGAGCGAAUCCUCAGCGUCUCUGGAGUCGCCGACGCCGUCCACAUCGCCGUCUACUACAUCGGGACCAUCCUGCUCGAAUACCAAGAGAGGGCGGGGCACAACGGAGCCGGCUCGGGAGCUUAUAGGCAACAAGGCGGGUCGAGCUCGAGCCACAGUCACGCUGGAGUGGGCGCGCCUCGACAACCCUCGGUCAUCGCUCCUGGUCCUGGGUCGGCCGUGCAACAAUUUUGGAUCCCCGACGAGUUGGUCGGUAGCAUCAUCGGCAAGGCUGGGAUCAAGAUCAACGAGAUCCGUACGCAAUCCCAGUGUCACGUCCGAGUGACCGAUCCGGGCACGCCUGCUACUCCUGGGGGGGUUGUCAACCCGGGCGAGAGGUUGAUCAUCAUCAGCGGACAUCCUACCAAUCUGAACAUGGCUGUGGGCAUGUUGCAUGCGCGACUCGAGCAGGAAAAGGCAAAGAAGCUGGAAAGCGCCGGGGGUGGAAGUGGAGGAUACUGA